UUAAUAAAAAAACAUGUUAAAGUUUUUCAGGGAAGUCGAACAGAGAUCAGGGACGGACCUAAACAAUGACAUUAACGUGACAACAACGCUUACUAAAUGAGGAAAGCCUAAGUUUAUUUCAUUUAACUUCUUUUUCUGAACUGAUAAGAAUCCGGACAGCACCUUCAUAAAAUUCCACAUUUAGUWACAAGUCAAGUUACCACAAUGGACGCCCUGCAGAGGAGGAUGAUUCAGGACGAUAUGGUCCAGUACAAACUGUUCUUGAUCCAGGCUGACGGUUCAACCUGUCAUCAGGCAGAAGAACGUCUCAAACACCUGAUAGAGGAAGUUUUAGCAAAGGUCGCUCCGCUUUURGUGCAAUACAUCUGGCAGCAUCAGUCAUUCAACCUCAGAUGUCAUCCCGAGAAAGGAGAUGUUCCAGCUCACAUUGGAGGCUGCACUCAGUUUGGAGACAACAUCGAGGACGAAUGGUUUAUUGUUUACCUCUUGCAGCARAUUACAGAGGCUUUCCCAGAACUUGCAGCCAAAAUUGAGGACAACGACGGGGAGUUUCUUCUUAUUGAAGCAGCAGAUUAUCUUCCCAAAUGGCUGAACCCAGAGACCAGUGAAAACAGAGUCAGUCAUGAUGUGAUGGACAAAAUAUUUUGUACAUUCAUUAUAGUUCUAAUGGAGAUAUGUUAUUUUAGGAUUCUUGUUUUUUACUGUAUUGACUAGGGCUGUGUAUUGGCAAGAAUUUGGCCAUACGAGACAUA